AUGUGUUCCGACAUUUCUAUCCUUGUUUUUGGUGCCCAUCCUGAUGAUGCCGAAGUCGGUAUGGGUGGUACAAUAGCUAAACAUGUGGCAGCUGGUGUCAAGGUAGGUAUUUGUGAUUUGACGGCUGCUGAAUUGUCAUCAAAUGGAACUGUGGAAUUACGUAAGCAAGAAGCGGCAGAAGCAGGAAACGUCUUAGGCUUAUCUUAUCGUAGCAACUUAGGUUUUCCGGAUCGUGGCUUGGAAGUAACAAUGGCACAGAUUGCUACUGUCACUGCUGAGAUUCGGCGACUAAAACCAAAGAUUGUAUUCAUACCGCAUUGGGAAGACCGUCAUCCGGAUCAUGUCGCCUGUAGUAAACUGGUAGAACAAGCAGUCUUUAAUGCAAAACUUCAUCGUUAUAUGCCAGAGCUACCACCUGUAACCGUGAACCAACUGUAUUAUUAUUUUAUAAAUGAGCUCGGUCGACCCGAUUUGCUCAUUGAUGUUACUGCAGUACAUGAGCAAAAAUUGAAAGCACUUUCGUGUUACCGUUCUCAGUUUGCGAGUCAAUUCGACGGAAAUAUUGUGGCCACACCCCUGAAUAAUCGAUUUAUCGAGUACGUGAAGUGUCGUGAUAUUCUCGCUGGACGCGCUUACUCAAUUCCGUUUGCUGAAGGUUUUGCAGUAAAAAAACCUUAUUUAAUUGAUCGUUUGAUAUAG